AUGUGGACUAAAAUUCCUGAAUUUUUUGGGGCGCUCAAAUCUGAAGAAUUCCUUGAUUGGCUAGCCACGGUAGAAGAGAUUUUGGAAUUCAAGGAUGUACCGGCUGACAGACGUGUACCCUUAGUGGCAGCCAGAUUUCGUGAUAGGGAAACGGCAUGGUGGCAGCAGUUGAAAUUGACGCGCAGCCGAAUGGGAAAACCCAAGAUCGACACGUGGGAAAAGAUAAAGAAGCACUUGAAAAUUGCGUUUCUGCCUUAUAAUUUUCAGCGAUUAAUGUACCAGAAAUUGCAAAAUUUGAGGCAGGGAAGCAAAUCUGUGGACGAUUAUACCACAGAAUUUUUCCAAUUGAUUAUUCGGAAUGAGAUACAAGAGACUGAAGAUCAGUUGGUUGCGAGGUAUAUUGCUGGGUUGCGGGUCUCAAUUCAAGACACGGUCAAUCUGUUUGAUCCGGUGUCGCUUUCAGCCGCUCAUCAAAAGGCGCUGCAGAUUGAGAAGCAGAGUAGGCGCACAAGCAGUUUUAGCAAUUCUGCGACAGCAGGUGCCUCUGGCAGUGUAGUAGUGGACUGGAGAACAAAACAGCAGGUGGUGCCGUCAGUAGAGACCGCUGCUAAGAAAACAUUUUUUGCGGAUACAGAUGAUUUUGACGAUGAGGAAUUCGACAUGAUUGGUGACCCAGUUUAUGACAGUGGCGAGGGUCUCGAGGAGGAGGUGGUCUCUGGAAAUACUGGGGUUGCGCUGGUUUGUCGUUUUGUGAUUGAUGCAGGCAGUUGUGAGAAUAUCAUCUCAGCAGAGGCAUUCCAAAAAUUGGGCAUUCAGACAGAGAAACACCCCAAGCCGUAUAAACUGGCGUGGCUGAAAAAAGGUGGCGAGGUUAGUGUAACAUUACGUGCUUUAGUGCUUUUUUCUGUUGGUGCACGAUAUAGAGAUUCUGUUUGGUGCGAUGUGGUUGCAAAGGAUGCGUGUCAUUUGUUGUUGGGGAGACCUUGGCAAUUCGAUCGAAAGGUCAUGCAUGAUGGGCGAAAUAAUACUUAUAGUUUUGUGUUCGAGAGUGUUAAAAUUGUGUUACAGCCCAGUCGUGGUGUAGAGACAACAAAACCAGUGGAGAAAUCAGUCGACAAAUUUGCGGUACCAGAAGAAGUCGCACCGCUUUUGGCUGAAUUUGCAGAUGUGGUGACGGAUGAUUUACCGUCCGCUUUGCCACCAUUGCGUGAUAUUCAACAUCACAUUGAUCUGGAACCGGGGGCAGCCUUGCCUAACAGACCUCACUACAGGAUGAGUCCUACGGAACAUGAGGAGUUGCGGCGUCGAGCAACUAAUAAAAUCACAGUCAGGUAUCGUUUUCCUAUCCCACGACUGGAUGAUUUACUUGAUCAGAUCAGUGGGGCGACGGUGUUUACCAAGCUGGAUUUGAAGAGCGGAUACCAUCAGAUUCGCAUCAGAGUUGGGGACGAGUGGAAAACGGCUUUCAAAACCCGUGAGGGGCUGUAUGAGUGGUUGGUGAUGCCGUUUGGGUUAUCAAACGCACCGAGUACGUUUAUGCGUGUGAUGAACCAAGCUUUGAGACCUUUUAUCGGUAAAUUUGUUGUUGUGUAUUUUGAUGAUAUUUUGAUAUACAGUGCUAAUCCCGAGGUGCAUCUUCAGCACUUGAGAGAGGUUUUAUGUUUGCUUCACAAGGACAGCCUAUUCGCUGCCAAAAAGAAGUGCGCUUUUCUGACUCGAAAAGUGUUAUUUCUGGGAUAUAUCGUGUCUGAGGAGGGACUGCAGGUGGAUGAUUCGAAAAUUGAGGUGGUGAAACACUGGCCUCAACCGAGUACCAUUACUGAAGUUCGGAGUUUUAAUGGAUUGUCAUCUUUCUAUAGGCGAUUCAUACCUCAUUUCAACAGUAUUAUGGCUCCUGUAACCGAUUGUAUGAAAGGUGUAAAGUUUGAGUGGACAGCGGAGGCCGAGGCAGCAUUUCAGCAGAUUAAGCUGCGGUUGACGACUUCUCCUAUUCUAGUGCUGCCAGAUUUUUCACAACCAUUUGAGCUGCAUAGUGACGCUUCGAAGUUGGGGAUUGGGGCUGUUCUGAGUCAAAACAGUCGACCAGUGGCAUAUUUCAGUGAGAAACCGAAUGGAGCAAAGCUGAACUACAGUACAUAUGAUGUGGAAUUUUACACAGUGGUGCAAGCGGUCAAGCAUUGGCGGCAUUACUUGUACCACAAGGAGUUUGUUCUGUACACUGACCAUGAGGCAUUGAAGCAUUUGCAUCGCCAGGAUAAAGUGUCACCACGUCAUGCAACUUGGGUGGCUUAUCUACAGCGAUUUACUUUUGUGGUCAAGCAUAAGGCGGGGGUUACAAACCGGGUGGCGGAUGCAUUGAGUCGUCGCAGUAACUUCUUGGUUUCUUUACGUGUUGAGGUACCCGGUUUAGACUCAUUUACUGAUUUGCUUGAGACUGAUCCUUAUUUUUCUGUGGUUAUGAGGAAACCUACCAUUCGAAAAGAGGUGGAGAAGUACGUGCAGAGAUGUCGUGUUUGCCAAGUUUCGAAAGGAGCGGCAACUAAUGCGGGUUUGUACAUGCCGCUUCCAGUGCCAUCGCAGCCGUGGGCGGAUGUUAGCAUGGAUUUUGUGUUGUGA